AUGGGGUCAUAUCCAGCGCUGGCGUUCAUCCUGCUGUUUUCAGCAACUCUGUCCCUCAGUGGUGAUGCUGGAAAAGUGCUGGUUUUCCCUAUAGAUGGGAGUCACUGGCUGAACAUGAAAAUCCUGGUGGAGAUGCUUCAUUCUCAGGGCCAUCAAAUGACAGUAAUACGUACCUCCACCAGCUGGUAUGUUUCUGAAUUUUCACCUCAUUACACCUCCAUCACCAUCACCCAGGAGCACUCACAAAACAUUGAGAGCCAGGACUUCAUGACCUCAUUUUUGAAGCGGUCAAUAGAGAUCCGCCGGAAUAAAGGCUCACCAUGGGCGUUUGUGGAUAAUUAUAGGAACCUCUUCAAUCUGAUAAGGGAGAACCAGGUAGCUGUGGCAAAACUGGUCACCACCAUCUUUGAGAAUAAGACACUAAUUCAUGAGCUGAAGGAAACUGGAUAUGAUCUUUGUUUGACUGACCCUGCAUUUCCAGGUGGAGUGCUGUUGGCACACUAUCUCCAGCUUCCCAUGGUUUUCAAUGUACGCUGGCUUUUCAACGGAGAGGCACACUUCGCCAUCGCCCCUUCUCCUUUGUCCUACGUGCCUCAGUUGUUCUCUGAGAACUCUGACAAGAUGGACUUUUUCCAAAGACUUGAUAAUAUAAUCCGUCACAGCAUUUUGGUUUACAUGUACUACUAUGUCUCAAAUCCGCCUUAUCAGGCUGUGUGUGAUCAUUAUUUUGGAUCUGAUGUCACCACCAUGUCUCUCAUCCAGGGAGCUGAUCUCUGGCUAAUGCGGGUUGACUUUACAUUCGAGUUCCCUCGUCCAACCAUGCCCAACGUCGUCUACAUUGGAGGCUUCCAGGGUAAGCCGUCCAAACCUCUUCCGUCAGAUUUAGAGGACUUUGUACACAGUUCUGGUGAACAUGGUGUAGUCGUCAUGACUCUGGGGACCCUGCUAGGCGACCUCGGCCCCGAGAUAUCAGAGAUCAUCGCAUCAGCAUUUGCCAACCUCCCUCAGAAGGUUGUGUGGAGACACAUUGGGAAGAGGCCCAUCACUCUGGGAAACAACACCAAGCUGGUUGAUUGGCUGCCUCAAAAUGAUAUUCUAGGUCACCCAAAAACCAAGGUUUUUGUCACCCAUGGGGGUACUAAUGGGAUUUACGAGGCCAUCUACCACGGUGUCCCAGUUCUGGGCAUUCCUCUCAUCUUUGACCAGUACGACAACAUGGUCCGUAUGAAGAGCCGGGGGGCGGCUGAGUUUGUUGACGUGACAACAAUAGAUGUUGAGGCCCUGACAAAUGCUCUGAAGAAUAUUCUAGACCCAGAAAAGCCACACAAACAGAAUAUGCUCAAACUGUCACAGCUUCAUCAUGACAAACCUAUGAAACCCCUGGACACUGCCAUUUUCUGGAUAGAGUACGUCAUGAGGCACAAGGGCGCAGCACAUCUGCGCACUGAGUCCUACCAGUUGCCGUGGUAUGCUUACCACAGUCUAGAUGUGAUGGCAGUCCUUGUAGCAUUUGGUCUUCUGAUCAUUGCUUUAGUUUGGGUUUCCUGUAGAUGUCUCAUUGGAAGUUUGAUAGGGAUAAAGAAGUCCACAUACAAGCCCAAGAAUGAAUAG